AUGGCUACAUUAGAUAGAAUGAUAAUUGAUGAUCGUGACUUGGCAAACCGAUAUUUCGGUGAUAAUAAUCUAGAUGAUUUCGACAAUGAUCAAUAUCUAUUUUCAAAACCAUCAACAAAUAAAACAGAACCGUUUAAUUUAAAACCUGUCGGUGAACAACAAUCAUCAAAUCAAGAAAAUGAUAAUGUAGGAUUAUUUGGACGACGAGUUUAUUUAGAAUCACCUUCACUUGACAAUAAAGAAGAUGAUAUAUACAGAUAUGUACCAAGUCGUUUGAGUGAUCAUCAAACAUCAAUUAUUGGUACAUCAUCGGUUCCAGCACCUACGGGUGAAGCACUUAUAGAUUCACUUGAUUUCGAAUUAGAUUUUCUUGGUGCAACAAAUACACGAGCUGCAAUACCAUAUCGAGCAAAUCCACAUUUAUUACAAGAAACAAAACCAUCAGCACCAUUGAUGCAAUUGACGAAUCCUGUAGAACAAACUCCAAUGACAAAUAUACGAAGAGCUGAUCCUCGACAGGAUCCCCUUCUUGGUCCACUACUUGCUGAACUUGAUUCCAUGUCUAACCAACAAAGUUUACCACAAUCACAACCGGUACCUAUGCAACGACGAAAUUCAGUACCACACGAAUCCAAUGUUAGUCGAUUACCUGGUCUAUCCAAUCAGGCAUUAACCACUACAAAUAAUCGUGCUGUUAACGAUGCAUUAUAUGACGCGCAACUGUACGAUUCUCUCGAUCCUCGAAAUCAGCAAGAUCUUCAUGUUCGUCAACGACAGUCAAUAAUACUUUCUGCACCAAGUAUAAACUCAUCAAAUCAAGCUCAUCUUAGGUCUCAACCACAAAUUCAUCAACCCCAACCCUCACAGUAUCAGCAACAACAGCAGCAGCAGCAGCAGCAACAACAACGACAAUACCAAAAGCAAUUACCACCUCGUACAUCAGAUAUGAAUAGUACUGAUAUAUUUUUACCGUCAUCCUACAACAAUAACGGACCGGGAUCAUUUUUAAGUAAUUUCGGUCCAGACGAUCAAUUAUUUCAACAACCAUUGUUUAACGCUAUCGGGCAAAACUAUGUACCCAAUGCAAGACCACCACCUCCCCCUCAAUCACAACAGCAACCAUAUGGACAACGAGAUAUAACUUUUGAUAAUUCAUAUGCGCGAUUGUCUCCACCACAUCGUCCAGUGUAUGCACCUCCACAACAGCCUCCAAAUAAUAAUAAUAAUCCAUAUCAACAACAGCAACCACCUCCACCACCUUCUUUUCGACCAACAAACUAUACUACUAAUAAUAAUGGCAAUGACAAUGAUCCAUAUGGUGACUAUCAGGAUGAAUAUGCUACUUCUCAAUAUCAACGUGCUCCACCUGCUCAAAAACAACAAUAUCAAAGACUUCCGCAACAACAACAACAGCAGCAGCAGCAGCAACAAAAUUUCGAUGAACAAAUUCCACGCACAAAUUAUAAUCCAAAUAAUCAAGAACUGUUUUUUACUGAUCAUAAUGACGAUCAACUUGAUCAAAUUUCUUUUCGACAACAAGAACAACAACAACAACAAGGAUUAUCGACAUCGAAUCAGCGUCAUGUCGAUCAACAACAUGAACAAGACUCAAAACGACAAGCUAUUUGGAAUGACUUACAACGUACAAACGCUAAAGUCCAAGAAAAAAAUGCAAAAAAACGUGAAUCAGCAAAUCGUCGUGAACAAUUAUUGAAAGGCGUCUACACUACAAGUAAUGCAUGGAAUGGGAAUGGGAAUGGUAGUCAACAAUCGUCUGCUGAAUCGAAACAAGGCGGAAAUUCACUACCAGUACGUCGUCCACCGCCGGUACCUGUUUCAAAAACAAAUUAUAUCGAUGAUAAUAUUGAUAUGAUUAAAAACAAAGAAAACUUUUAUCAUCGCUAUCCGGCGAAAAAAUAUGAAAAUUUAUAUUCAAAACGGAAAGAUCUUGUUGGAGGCGGAAAAAAUGAACAAAAUGAGAACCAACAUUCACAAAAUGAGUUCGAUCAAGCGCAAUCAACAACUGUAAUUAAUGAUUCUGCAGUUCCAUAUCCUAAUGCACAACAUCGUUCUAGUUUACCAGUAACAAUUAAUUUAAAUCCAGGUGAUAAAUCACAGACGGGAAAUCUUCCAGCAACUGUUACCAUACCUCUCGACAGUCAUGUUAGUCGUGUUGGUGAUAAAAUAUCAGUGAAUAUCGAUUUACGUCUUGUUGAUUUACAAAAUAUUAAACAACAACAACAACAGCAACAAAAUAACGAACAUCCAGAUUGGUCUGGUCUAGAUCCUUUAGAUAGACAUAUACGAAAAUUAGAACGUAGUAUUGAUCAGACUUUACCAAAUACGCAUUCACCAACUGACCGAAGUCCAACAUCAACAAAGCCAACUGUUAAUCCAUCUAUAGGUCGUUAUGGUAAAUAUACAUCAGGCGUUGGUCAAGCUGGAUAUCAUCCACCUAGUUAUGCUAGUGAAUAUCAUCCAACAAGUUAUACUAGUGAACAAUAUACCUAUAGUGAUAAAGGACGAGAAGAAGACUCUUAUUUGGCUAAAAUGAAUCAUAUUAAAAGAGGACCAAACUUUAAACCGUAUACUGGUCGUGAUUAUGAACAAUUCAAAAAGAAUAAUGGAUUUGGUAGUGGUUAUCUUGGUUUUGAUUUUGACAAUCCUAAUUAUAAAGAAAAAAAUGAUAAACUAUCGAAAACUAAAGAAUACGCACAACAAGUUGAAACUCGUAAUAAGAAAAUAUUAGCUGAAGCUCCUCGUCGUACAUUAUCAGAUACACGUAUUCCAACUGAACAUUCGAAAACACAACGAGCUCUUGAUUACGCUCGUGUUUCAACUCGCCAUAAGCCACCAUCAGGUACAUCGACUCGCUCAACCCCACCUGAUAUGAACGGUGCCGGUCCUAUUCGACCCCGACCAACUGAAGUUCCUAAUCGUCCACCACCAGUACAAAAACAAACAAAUAAACCAGUACAAAAUGGUGACAAUGAACUUGUUGAACGUUUAGCUCUUCGUCAUGAACGUGAUAAAGCUCAAGUACACGGGAUUUUAAAUCCUUCACAAAAACGACGUGAACAACUUUUUGACGAUAGUGAUCGUCAUGUUAGUGAUAUUGAAAGAUUAGCACAAGAUCGAGCGCAUCAACGACGUCUAUCACCACCAAAACAAUUACCUCCAACAGGAUUACCAACAAAUGGUAAUGCUCGACGACCAUUAAGAUUUGAUAAACCACUUAUUGCUGACGAUGUACCCUAUACUCCACAACAACAACCUCAACAGCAUCAUCACCAACAGCAACAACAACAACAGCCAUAUCGUCCUGCUCAACAACACCAACAACAACCACCACCACCACCACCACAAUCAUCACGUGUCGAUGAAUUAGCAAAUCGACAUAAUGACGAAAAGAUGCUUAUGGAUGCUAUUCGUCAAGAAUUAAGUGAACGUCCAUUAGCUGACGAUGAAGAACUUAUUGUCGUUGAACAAUAA